CAACUAUUCAAUAUGUGACAUGUGAUUUAAAUUUGUCUGGCAAUCACUUUCGUAUUCAGUCGAGUGGCCGUAGGCCCUAUUAUAGGACGCCAUUUGCAGCGCGUAUUCAUCUAUUUCUAUUGAUGAAAAGUACAGGCAAUUCAAAUCUGAUCAGGUAGUAUAAGACGAUCAGAUUUAAACUAGAGAUUAUUACAAAUUUCAAAGUAGAAAGACUGAGAAGUUAACGCCGGCGCAAAUUUCAGAGUUUAAGGAGGCGUUUAAGCUAUUCGACAAGGACGGCAGCGGCACGAUAUCCACCAAGGAGUUGGGGAUCGUGAUGAGGUCCCUGGGGGAAACCAAGUCCGACGCCGAGCUGCAUGAGAUCAUACAGGAAGUGGACGCUGACGGUAACGGCGAGAUCGACUUCGAGGAGUACCUAGACAUGAUGGCCAACCGCAUGUCAUACACGGGCUCAGCUAACCAGAUAAGGGAGGCAUUCAAGGUAUUUGACAAGGAAGCCAAGGGCUACCUGACAGUGGACGAGCUGAGGCACAUCAUGACCAACCUGGGAGAGAAGCUGGGGGACGAAGAGGUGGACGAGAUGCUUGCUAUCGUGGACGCCGACGGCAACGGGCUCAUCGACUACGAGGAGUUCACGCAAAUGCUUGCACAGAAAUGAUCAAUCCUGAAGACGUUUUGUGAUUUUGAACAAGAUAUUCUUCCACGCCGGUGUUCACAGUCAGUCACAGGACAUUCACUUUACUGCGGAUCGGCACAACAUGGCAACAAAUACCACAUCGUGACGCGCAUGUGCAAGAGUGUCAUUAUCUGUUCGCAUUCAGGCAAAAUUCGUAUUCUUGUAAAUAUGUUUUAAUUAUUUAAGCGCUGUUUUCAAAGCAGUCACAGUUUGCCUGCUUUAUAUCGUCUGCUGUACUUGCAGAUGGAUGUUCAUACGAAUACAAUUUCCUGUAUGUUAUAUGAGAUCUAAAGACAGCUAUAAUAAUUAAAUUUGCUAUACAUACUGUUUAAAUGGACCGUCAAUCGCGAUUGACGAAAAAAAAAAGUUCUAAAAUACCGUAUUUUUUUACAAUUAUUCGUUUAUUUUGAUUAAAAUAUCAACCGGUAUAUAAUUUGAACAAAGUUCGUAUUUUCAGUAUAUUCUGUAAUAAAAUUACGCGAUGUGCAAUCGAAAGUACAUCGCGAAAAUAGGUGACAUAACGAUAUACAAACUAUAAACAACGCAGGUAUAUUGAUAAUUAUAUAUAUAUAAUAUAUACAAAUCACUGCGCAUGCACAAUUUGCAUUCCUGGGUUACCAUGUGACGAUAAUGAUCAAUCUAUGUGGGUUAUUUAUAGUUAAGUGGUAGUUACCUGGUACCUGUACCCAGUAAAAUUUAUUACCGAAUAUAUUGAAAAUAUGAAAACUUUAAAACUUUUUUCAAGUAAUGUAAUAUACCAGUCGUGAUAUUUAAAUCAAUAUAAACUAAUUAUUCUAAAAAAAAUACGGUAUUUUAGAACUUUUAUUUUUUCGUCAAUCGCGGUGAACUGUCCCUUUAAAUACUUUGUCUUCUUUUCUAAAUGCAUCUAGUUCAACAAGUUAUUAUUAUAUUAAGCCAUGUGCGCUUAACACGCAAUGUUAACUGUACUUGUUUUAGUCUUACUCACCCUAUAUUAGUAUGAUGUUAAUACACCAUUUGCAAGCAUGCGGGCGUUUCUUUUGUAAACACUAUUUAUUGAAAUAUUGCCAUAUAUUUAGUGUAAGGAAGUGUUUUCUAUUGGCGCGAAAGCGAAUGUUUCGUAUGAAAACGAAAUACAUCCGUAUUUAAUCGUUAAAUAUAUUCAAUCACAAUAUCCCACUUUGUAUACGCGAGUCUUGCUCAAAAUGUUCAUUAGCAUCAGUUUGUAAGUACGUUUUCAGCGAAAUAAUGUCUCGGCGUUACCAUGUGAAGGUUAAAGUUAUUUCGGCCGAAUCAGAAUAGGCGCACAUUGGAACAUUUUGUAUUAUUGUAAAUAGGACGUGCUCUGUGAAAAGGGAGUUUAAUGCAUGUGCGUAAAGUCUCGUCCCAGAUUAGCCUGUGCACUCCGCACAGUCUAAUCAGGGACGACACUUUCCGCUUGUAUGGUAUUUUUCGUUUACAGAAAGUCUCUUUUUAGCAAAAAUCAAGUUUGGGCGAAAAGUGUUGUCCCUGAUUAGUCUGUGCGGAAUCCACAGACUAAUCUGGGAUGACACUUUACGCAAUUGCAUUAAACCCCCUUUUCACAGAGAACGGCUCAAUAAUAGUUUCUUGAUUUUCUUUUACCGCUGAAUAUGUCCGUAUUUGUUAUUGUCAUACGAUGUUUUCAUACCUUGUUUGUGUUCGAUGGUAGACAGAAGUGUGACCUUAACUAGAAAAUUUUAAAAUAUAUUUGCAGAUGUUUUUAGAUUUUGUGUUCUGUGAUAUAAAGUGAAAAUUUGGUAUUGUAUUAUUUUUGCUAUUUUGCAUAUUGUUCUUAUAAAUCAUGUUAAAAAUGACUCAGUUGUUAUUAAAUAUUACAAGAC